GGUGGCACAAUCCAAUUUUGUGUGGUUUGAAGAAUGGGCAUCAGUCCAAUUUAAAUAGCUGUCGAAUUCCCUCCAUUUUUUUUGCUUUUUUCCUUUCCUCACUUUCAAUUUUCACACAUUCCUCAGUCAUUUUUACCGACAAAAACAUCAAAAGUCGAUUUUUGUUGUUGCACAUUAUUGUUAUCCUUCCUUCCUUCGGCACCCGUCAAAUACCUUAUUUUAAUUUCUGAUGCAAUUGUUAGUCUAUAAAUGGAUGUAAAAGAAGACUGGCAGCUAACUAAAGACAGCUCUGCGUGCAUUUUCAAUUUUUUUCUUCAAAUUUCGAUGCAUACCGUUGUGCUUGUUUUUCAGUUAAGAUAUACACCCUGUGGUCCAACAAAUGGUUGCGUAUUAUUUUUGCACUAUUCCUCUCGUUUUUUAUGCCACCGCGCUUUUUCGAAUGGUUACCGCUGUGAAAUUAUUAAGGAACGUUGUAAUUAUAUAUUUGGGUUGGGAAUAUUUUUAUUGAUAAAUUUUUUGUUAUUUUUCAAGGAAUUUUUUUGCUUUGGAUUUUAA